AUGUACCAAACUUUGCCAUCAGAAGCCCUUGGAUCUGAAAGAUGAUAACACCGAAAUUCACUGUCCUGUUACAGUAAAUCCAUGGCAUAUGAAGAAAGCUUUUAAAGUUAUGAAUGAAUUAAGAAGUCAAAACUUGCUGUGUGAUGUGACGAUAGUAGCUGAAGACAUGGAAAUUGCAGCGCAUAGAGUUGUGCUAGCCGCCUGCAGCCCCUACUUCCAUGCCAUGUUUACAGGUGAGAUGAGUGAAAGCCGAGCAAAGAGAGUUCGAAUAAAGGAAGUCGAUGGCUGGACUCUAAGGAUGCUUAUUGAUUAUAUUUACACUGCUGAAAUUCAAGUUACAGAAGAAAAUGUGCAGGUACUGCUCCCAGCAGCUGGUCUCUUGCAACUGCAGGAUGUGAAAAGGACUUGCUGUGAAUUUUUGGAAUCCCAGCUUCAUCCUAUCAACUGCUUGGGGAUUCGUGCUUUUGCUGACAUGCAUGCAUGCACAGAUCUCUUGAACAAGGCCAACACAUAUGCAGAACAGCACUUCUCUGAUGUUGUACUUAGUGAAGAAUACCUCAAUCUUGGUGUAGAGCAGGUGUGCAGUCUUAUAUCCAGUGACAAACUUACAAUUGCCUCAGAAGAGAAGGUAUUUGAAGCAGUGAUAGCGUGGGUAAACCAUGACAAAGAUGUAAGGCAGGAGCUAAUGGCACGCCUGAUGGAGCAUGUUCGGCUGCCUUUGCUUUCCCGGGAAUAUUUAGUUCAGAGAGUUGAAGAGGAAAUACUGGUUAAGAACAGCAGCGCUUGUAAAGAUUACCUCAUUGAAGCUAUGAAGUAUCACUUGCUGCCAACUGAGCAACGAGCAUUGAUGAAAAGCACUCGAACAAAAUUGAGAACACCCGCUAGCCUUCCAAAAUUGAUGAUGGUGGUUGGAGGACAGGCACCAAAGGCAAUUCGCAGUGUUGAAUGCUAUGAUUUUAAAGAAGAACGCUGGCAUCAGGUGGCUGAAUUGCCCUCCAGAAGAUGUAGAGCGGGAAUGGUGUACAUGGGAGGCAUGGUUUAUGCUGUUGGUGGUUUCAACGGUUCUUUGAGAGUUCGCACAGUAGAUUCCUAUGAUCCGGUGAAGGACCAGUGGACAAGUGUUGCUAAUAUGCAAGACAGGAGAAGCACACUGGGAGCAGCUGUAUUAAAUGGCCUUCUUUAUGCUGUGGGAGGAUUUGAUGGGAGUACAGGUUUAUCAUCAGUCGAAGUUUACAACUUAAAGACUAAUGAGUGGUUUCAUGUAGCUCCAAUGAACACAAGAAGAAGUAGUGUUGGUGUAGGUGUUGUUGGCGGUAAACUGUAUGCUGUUGGUGGUUACGAUGGGGCGUCACGUCAGUGCCUUAGUUCAGUGGAAUGCUAUGAUGCUAAUACAAACGAGUGGACCUAUGUUGCAGAAAUGAGCACUAGGCGGAGUGGAGCAGGUGUUGGAGUGUUAAACAAUUUAUUGUAUGCGGUAGGUGGUCAUGACGGUCCUUUGGUAAGAAAAAGUGUUGAAGUCUUUGAUCCUGUCGCCAGUACAUGGAAGCAGGUUGCAGACAUGAACAUGUGCAGAAGGAAUGCAGGUGUUUGUGCUGUAAAUGGUCUCUUGUAUGUAGUUGGAGGAGAUGAUGGCUCCUGUAAUUUAUCAACAGUGGAAUAUUAUAAUCCAACAACUGAUAAAUGGACAGUAGUGUCAUCUUGUAUGAGUACAGGAAGAAGCUAUGCAGGUGUUACAGUUAUUGACAAACCAUUAUGAUCAGUAAAGGGAUUUUCAACUUGAUUAUGCACUAGAAGCAGUCUUCAACAAGUGUAUUUGAAGUGACUGAAUAUCUAAGCACUUCUCUACUUGUAGCUGCACCUUGAGUCACAGUGGAAGAUGUGGCUGUCUACAAUUACAGAUGACAGAUGAUGAAGAUUACUCUAGGUAGAAGCAAUGCGUAGGAUUAUUCUGCAGUUGAGCAGAAGCUGAUUGAAUUUUUGAAGUCUAGUGGACCAUUUCUUUUUUAU